AUGCUGAAAUUCGAUACAGCUGGUCGACCAACGGGCGACUUUUUUGCAAACAUAUUUCAAAGAUAUGAGAACCGGCCACGUGAGCAUGCUGACUACAACUUUCCCGCAAUGUGUCUGAUGGAAUUUGCCAUGAGAUUCCAACCGCACUACAGAAAGCCACGAGGUGAAGAAGAGGGUGAAGGUAACGUUGACCAGGACGCCAACGAUGAAGUUCCAGUUAAUUUUAGUCUGAAGUCAACAGACCUAGGACAAGGGCAUACAUAUCAAAAGAGAAAUGUAAAGUCAGCAGAAAAUUAA